GCUAAGAAGAUGGUGCAAGCCAGCCCCAUCUACAUCCCAAGUGUCAACAAUGACAAGGGCUGGGACUUCUGUUUCCAUCUGUCACAUCAAACCAAGAAUCCUUCACAGCAGCAAGCAGAUGAGUUGUAUUCCUCUAGUGGGUCUGGGGAAAGUGAUGGUGACACUGAAACCAAGGAGGAAGCCAUAAGCGCUUUGUCUCUUCCCAUGGAAAAACUAGUUCAGUCGCAGAAGAAAGUAACUCAUCUGAUUAAGGAUAAAAUGAACAUUCAAGCAAAUAGGGAGCUGAUUCGCUGUGUCAUCCUUUCACGGAUUAUUUUUGGGGAAGAACACUGGAAAUGUGCACAGGCAGUGGCCAGACUGGCUUAUGGUUACCUGACACUGAGAGGACUCCCCUCUCAGGCCAAGAAACAUGCAGAGUCUGCCAAGAGUAUAUUGCUGACCUGGAAGGGAAGCAUCACGUCAGACAAGGAGAAAAAGGAAAUCCUGGAAACUCUAGUUAUGAUCCACUAUACGCUGGGAGUCUCCUGGCUCUUACUGAAUCAUGGCCGAGAGGCUUAUGUUCACCUACAGAAGGCGGAGAGACACAUGAAGGAGCUGCGAGAAUUCUACCAAAGAAGCAGCUGUGAAUUUCGAGUCUCAGAAAAUGAUCUCAUUAUUGCAUUGGGCAGAGCCUCCUUGGCCACCCAAAAGUUGGAUCUAGCUCUGGCAUACUUUGAAAAAGCAAUUGAUAAUGUAAUUACUGCUAAGGGUGAUAAGACAUCGGAUCUGGUUAGCCUCUACGAGAAAAUUGCUCAGAUAGAGCAGCUGAGGAAGAAUCAUGGGCAGGUCAUGCAGUACUGGCAGCAGGCCCAGAAUAUCUGUGUUUCUUUGUUUAAUUAAGUCAAUUCCCAGACUGCUGAGAUAGCUGCAUUACUAGUCAAGGCUUAUGUUAUGUUGGGAGUUGCUCAUCACAGGGGAGGCUUCAGACUGCUAAAGUCUUCACUGAAGGUCUGUGAUGAGGACUUUAGUGACAAAGUGGCUGAAACUUUCUAUAACAUGGGCACCAUCCUCUUUGCCAAAGGAAGGAAGUCUCCAUAA